UACACAACGCCGUAUGGUGGUGGCUUCGUGUUUCUCUAGUCGCCUUCAGCCAGAGGUGGUGUUAAAAGUGUUGUACCUGCGAUCUUGUCUCGAAGGUGUUCAUAGUCUUUGGGAACACUGAUCUGGUGGUGUGUAGAGCUCCAGUGGAUAGUGAGCUUUGAUUGAGAGAAAAGCUUUUAUCAUCAGUGGCAUUAAUGUUAUUAUUACUAUAGUGUUACGAGUUAGAUCUUUAUCGAAACUUGAAAGUUACUACAGUAAUUGAGGAGUGUCUGUUAUUAGAUCUAGCGGGAAAGUUUAUAUCAUAAAAAAUAUCAGCAAACGCCAUUUGAGUUGUUUCUUCAGAACUGCAGCCUAAGUGACAUUUUACGGGUUGCAUUAUUGUGAAUUAUUAUAAUAACACAUUAUGAAUCUGUAACUGUAUUUGAUUUUGAAAGGAAACGCAAGCUCAUCUCUAGUGCGAAGUGGGCAGCUAUACCAAAGGAAAGGUCACUUUGUUUCACGAAAUAGUGAAGAACAGGGCAGUAGGUAAGAGAUUGCUUGAUUCUCCCCGAAGGAGGUGAUCUUGGUCACGUGCACUGACAGACCAGACCAUUCGACGUUCUACAUUCAGGGCUUUCGUGAAAUGAGCUUAUAAACACUUUUGCGGGCAAUACCCCGUAUCGAAUCGAGUAUUGGAGUCGGUGACUUGUGUUCGCGAGUGUGUUUAAGCACCCGGAAUAUGCCAUAGCAGAUUGGAUGUGUGCGUCGUUGGUACAUUUCCAUUCUUCCUCCCGUGGAGGGGAAAAUAUUGUGCUACAGCCCCUUGGGCGGAUCACUGGUUUGCUUAACGUUGUCACCUUCGACGCCAGUCUGCUCUCCAAACAUUUGAAAGUUGACGGUCCUGCGUGGGACCAAGGUUAAGAGACUCGGACUAAUUUUAGGAAAGAAAGAAAUCGUUCAUCUAGAGCUAUGUACUGCAGAACUGCUCCUUCUACAGGUUGAGGUUUCUGCAGGAGGACAGAUCGAAAAGCCAUCUUUAGUGUUUAAGGAAGUUGAAUUCAUCAUCAUUCAUUGGAGACCAACGGUAAGAAAAAGGUCGUGUCGACCACCUUCUGGGUCCUCGUUGGUUCCUGUAACCCAUGGCGACUGCUGCAGUAAAGGAAGAACCCGAGGCAGCUCCACCAUACAGCCUCUCACUCCUGCUGACAGAUCGCAAUACAAACCCUCCACAUUGUAGAACCAUGACUGCCUCCUCCUUAGGCGGACAUCCUCCACCACCUGCACCUCUCGCCAAUCCUCAGAACGUGAUCCCACGUGCCCCACAGAGCGGUUUAUCCUCUCAGAAUAGCAACGGCAACAACAGUAGCAGCAAUCACAAUUCGCAGGGCAACGGUGGGCAUCAACAACCUUCUAGUGGAAAUCAGCAACAGUGUAAUAACAAUAACAACAGCAAUCCCCCUCCGCCUUCUUCAGGCGGACCUGUCCACGCCCCUCCUAUCAUUCCACAACCCCAGGUGAACGGCGUAGCAGCCUAUGACAGAGUUCCACCACAUUCCCCAUCAACCAUGGCCUCCACAGAGGUAUCCAAAAGGAAUUCUUCUCCAAACAAACCACCUGCCAAUGAUCCCUUGUCACAUCGGAUCAUCGAGAAGCGACGACGGGAUCGGAUGAACAACUGUUUGGCCGACCUGAGUCGCCUCAUACCGACGUACUACCUCAAGAAAGGUCGAGGUCGCAUCGAAAAGACAGAGAUCAUUGAAAUGGCCAUUAAGUACAUGAAGCAUCUACAGGCUCACGCAUGCAACCAAAUUGAGAAUUGUGAUGUGACGACAAAGCAAGAACGUACUGGGAACCAACUAGAGCAGUACCAUAUGGGGUAUCAAGAGUGUCUGUCUGAAACCAUGCAGUUCUUGGUCGAGUCGGAAGGGUUCUUCUCAGGGGAUUCACUGUGUGUGAGACUCAUGAACCACCUCACCAAACACUGUGAAAAGAUCCUCAAUAGCGAGGGAUAUGUGACACGUCAAAGUGGAGCCAGUUCUUCAACUUCAAGUGGCUACCAUGCAAAUAGCUCAUCUACUGGAUCAUCCAGCGACGGCAACGGUAAUGGCUCGACCCAUGCUUCCGAGAGUAAGGACACUCUUGUCACAGAGGAAUCGGCAUAUCGAUCAGAUGAGCGGCCUGGAUCUGAUGACAGAGAUGAGAAAUCUGGAAGCUCAGCCAUGGACAGUGGCUCAGGAAUGGGGAGUCAGUUAAGAGAAAUUCUUCAGCAGCAUUCUGGACCAGGUGGAGGUGUUGAUCGAAGAUCUGGUUACUCAUCUGGCUUGAGUUCUAAUAAUUCCUCAAGUGGGGAUGAUAGUGUUCGUAUGUACAAAUUCAAAUCUAAUAUGAAGCACAGGUUUAGUGCUGAUCUUGAGCAGUCUCAUCAAGUCCGUAAAAAGAGAAGGGAUUCAGAAUCCUCGUGUGGAAAUUACACAGAUUGUGAAAAAGACAGGGUGACGCCAACAGGUCUAUUACCUCGUCCAACAUCCUACCAAGACGGGUUUCCUAACGAGUCAGUUAAAAUUUUGGAUGGUCAGGAUAGCCCAAUGCUUGAAAAGAAUAGUGGAACUCCAUCUCCAACACCAAAGUAUGAACAUCCUAGUGGGAGAAUUUCCCCAACACGACAUAUGACAGAGGGUUCUGGUGGCACAAUUCCAAUAUUUGCCCUGAAUCAGAAUGGAAGUUUUUAUGUACCCCUCACUAUUGAUUACUCUUUGUUGGCACCUGCAAUGGCUGGCUUAAGUGAAACCUCUCCUGUUUUGCACCCAGUAUCCAUUUAUGUAAAUUUUUGUUGUCCAACUGCAACAGUAACUGCAAAUAUAGGUGCUGCGCAUCAGCCUAAUUUUGGAGGACCCCAAGCACCUCACUCUAAUGUUUACCCAGCAGUUGGUAUUCGACCAACUUAUGGAAGCCACAAUUCAUCUUUGCAUCACUUUGAAACAUCUACUCACAAUGGGAGAUUCCCAUCUCGUAUGUAUAAUGACAGGAAACGAAGAGACCCUCCCAGACAAGGUGUUUCCCAGUUUGAAGAGCAACGUACAAACCUCUCCAAUCCCACUGAAACCGUAGAAAAGAGAGAGCCAGGUGAAAUUGAUAUGCGGGAAUACAGAGAUGUCAGGGAUCAUCAUCAACAGCAACGAGAGUUUUCACGGGAUCCCUCGGCUUGCCACGAUCUUGGCCGGGAGUCGAGAGAUCAGGAGCAUAAGCACGAAGUGCGAGAGGUUCGAAAUUUGCGUACAAUUCGAGAUCUCAGAGAAGCUCGUGAUGUGAGGGAAAUUCGUGAUCCUGUGCAAACUGUUCGUGAUUUUAUUGAUGCUAACAAUACAUGUCCUAAUAAUUCUGCUUAUUCUCGGACUCACCCUCACUGGGCAGCUGCUUACCAUAUCCAAUCCAAAAAUUAGAAAUAAUCCAAAGACAAUUAUUAUUUUAAGAUAUGUUACUGGAUUGUACAGAAUUUUUAACAGAAAAAUACAAAAUGAUAAAACUGCUGGCUUCAGUUUUUCAAGGUUAUUUGUGCUGUGAAUUAUACAGAUUUAGAAGUUGGUUACGACACAAAAUAAGAAGGAUCUUGUGACCUCUGCAUUUCUGUCAUAUUUGGAUAAUACAACUGUUAUAUAUACAGUCAUUGAUUUUAAAAGCCUUCUUAUAUGAAAACAUGUCAGUCAUGCCUAAAAGUACAUACAAGCACUCGGUACGUGCACUAAAGAGGUAGUGAUAUUUAGGCCAGUGAAAUAAGGGCCCUAUUUUUUUUCUUCUUUUUUUUUGUGAAGUGCUUAUUGCUCAAUAACCUUAUGAACAUGUAUAUAUGUUUUCCCAAAAUACCUUUACAAUCAUAUUUAGACAGUACCUGAGAAACUAGACGCAGGUGAGGAAUGAUGAUGGUGCAAAGUAAUGUCUUAGUAAGGGCAGUGAUGGAGGGGUUGGAGUGUGCAUUCAUGAUAUUAAAAUGGUGGUAUUUACAUUCAUUACUUAAAAAGAUGUCAAUUUGUUGAUGAUGUAUCAUUCUAUAUGCAGUAUACUAACAUUAGAUAUACUAUGACGUGUGUAAGUAAUAUAUUUGUACUUCACAUAGACAAAUAAGCAUCUAUAUAUAAUUGUAUACACAUGUACAUAUCUACUAUACACUCGGAUACAUUUGCAUGUACAUACAAAUACAUAUAAGAUUGUUUGGAAUAUAUUCAAAUAGACUGUACAUAGAUAGCCUUUGUAAUGAAACUAUUUGCUAAUCCUUGCUAAAGAAUUUUUUUUGUGAGAAUGCUCUUUAACCAGGUAAUCCCAUCAUAUAGACCAAGAGUUGUAUUUUCUUGAAAUGGUAUUAUUUUUAGAAUGAUUGGGAAUUUCUGGUGUGCAAUUCCAAUACUGUAUAUAGCAGUGAAAGGUCAUUAGUGAAAAUUUAAUUUUAAGCUCAUUUUGAGGAGCAAAUGUAAAGCCAUGUCAUUUAAUAUUGUUGAUAUAUUUUUGAGUUAAGCUUUUUAACAUAAUUUUGACAUAUGUUCAUGGUGUAGUGAAAUUUAUUGCUACAAUAAUUUUUCAGAACCCUCCACUACUGUCAAACCUGAGACCAGUUGUUUCCGUGAUAUGUUUGUUGUGCAUUGCGUCUUAACUAGUUGCUUAGUUGCAAAGUGCUUUGAAUGUCAAAAUAUGUUAUAUUAUGGUGUAUAUUUGAAGAUUUCUAUUGUAUUACAAUUUGUUAUGACUGGUAUCCAGUGAUUUUUAUGUUAAUGAUUGUCUCCAAAUUGGAUGAAUUUUCCUUGUUAAUGUUUACAGUGCUAUGAUAGGUGUGCAUGCUAAAAACUGAAGCAAGUUGUGGGAAUGAUAUGGGUUGGUCAUGUUUGUUGGAGUGGUAUUUGACAAUAUUUUCUGGAAUACAAAAAGAACAGAUCAGGUUCUAACUUCCUCAACUUUGGUUUUAGGUUACUAAUGCUUCCCUGUAAAGCUAUACUAUGGUGUAGCAGCAGAGGAAUGAGAAAUUAUAUCCAUUUGAAUCAUAUGAAAGCUUUUAAGAUGUCCAAAGUAUUGUGGACAUGUAGAAAUUUAUUUUAUUCUACAUACAGUACAUAGUAAGACAUACAUACAUGCAUAUAUAUAUAUAUAAUUAUGGUUACAUGAUUUCCAGAAUUUUUAUUUUACUGAUUUAGAAUCUGUGUAACAAUAGAAAAAAGCAAACGGGUAUUGUUCAGUCAUUUUGUAACUGGUACGACAGGUACUGGUUCAGUCCUUUUGUAAUAAGUACUACAUUGGUAAAAAUGCUUUCAAUCCAGCACCAGUGUUCAGAAUAAAUACUAGUUAUUUUUUUAUACAGUACAUAAUGUUCUUUUGGUGAUUUGAACAAUCUGAAUCUAAUAGUAUUAAAUGUUUUAAAUAUAUUACUUUAUAUGCCUUAAUAGACAUUUCCCAUGAGUAGACAUUAAUUUUAUGCAUGUUUGUAUGAUAUAGCAACAAACAUUUUGUUAACUUGAAUUUAGCAUAGACAUUUUUCCUCUUAACAGCCUCCAGUGCAACUUAAAAAAUCAGCAUUCACAUAACUGUCCUAUAAUCAGAUGAUACCACACUUGGGAUAUUGAGACAAUACAUACAAGUUGUAAACUAAAUAGUACAUCUAAAAAACUAAGUUUCUAACCUUUUCAGUGAAUAUGAAGCAAAUACAUCUGAGCAUUAGUCAAAUGUCUGCGAGAUAUACAGUCUCUUUUGUCCAUUUUAACUGCAACAUUUCAGUAUGAGAAAAGUGUAUUUUCUUUGAAUUGAAACAAGAUGUUUCCUAUUGGUUAAAAUAUUGGACAUACAUAUUGCCUUCAGGCUGUGCAUUAGUUCAUUUAUUGAAUAAGGGAAAUAAAAGUUUUAAUGCUAGAUUUGCUUUGACUUCUGUUUGUUGCUUAUUUUAUAUUUCUGUAUAAACUGUUAUAUAUACACCUAUGUCUGCACAGUAAUAAUACACAUACAUUACAAAAACUGCAUGGAUUUUUGGAAUUUGGUGAUUAGUUUAAUCUAGUUAUGAAAUUGUUACUUUCAGUAGUACAUGUAAUUGAUUUGGCUUUGUGAAAGUGAGCUUCAUAUUAUUGUUGCAUUUAUUCUAAGUAUUUUAUUAUGCUUGAAAAUAUACAGCUUUCAAUCUUUUUCUAAAUUAUAGCAACUUCAAUCUUUUUCCUGAAAUAUUGCAAUUUCUAUACUGUAGUUGGCGUUUCUUAUUAAUUCGCAGCUUAUUUGGUGGGUGCCUUUUUUUUUUUUUCUUCUUUUCUUUUUUUAAAGGGAAUGAACACUUUCGUGAAGGGAAACUUAAGAUGUCCAUCAUAAUUUAUUCAUAGUUAAUUUUUUGUGUGUUAAUACAGGUUUCAUGAAGACUGAUAUCUGGCACCUUUAUUAUCAAGCUAUUGAAUUUAAUGCCUACUCAAUUCUACCUCAUUCUUUGGACACAGUUAUAUAUAUGUCAUGUCUUGGAGUUUUAAGUUUUUAUUGUAUUCCAGUUUAGUAUAUUAAAUUUUGCCAUAAUUGUGCUGUAUUGCCAGUUUAGUGGGCAUUUCAAUACUUAUCAAGAAGGCUUAGCAAUUACACUCUUGCUCAAUAUGGACUUUGAUCCUUCAGAAAACAAGUCUGAGUAUUUUGAAGUUAAAAUUUUUAAAAAGAUACAGUUAAUAGUUUGAUGUUCAGUAUUUGCCUAAGUGUUUAAAUAAGAUUAGUUUGGUUGGAAGCCCAUUUCAAACAGAAACAAAAAAUAUGGGUAUUCCCAUUUGUCUAUUAAUAGCAAUAAAUUUCCGAAGAACUUAUUUUGUGAACAGCACUUUCAGGAAAUCAAAGGUACAUAAUAGAGAAAAUACUAAACAAUUAAAGCAAGGUCACUGUCUCAUUUACAUUAAUGUAUUCUGUCUACUAUAGUAUACUUUAUCUUCCAGAAUAGAAAAACUCAUAAGUAGGAACAAUCAUUUUGCUUUCUUGAAAUUUUCUUUAAUACUUGGAUUAUAGAAAGAUAUAUUUUGAAAAACUGCAUAAUGGCUGCACUCGGCAAGUUUUGUUUAUUAUCAUUGCUUUCAUUUUAUAAUCAUGAUACUAUACAUUCUAAAUACUUUGCCCAAUUUUAAUGCAUCAUUCUCAUCAGUACAGAAUAUGUGGAUAUUUCUCAUAGAAAAAAAAUACUGUGAAUAUGCAAAUUUUCCUUGAAUUAUGGGUGGAUAUGUUCCAGAGAGAAAUCCGUGAAUGUGUAAGUCCACAAAUAAGGGGGACCCACUUUACUAUUAUCUUGUCCAUGAAUACUUGAUGAAUAAAUGAAAACACAUUCUCAAGUACAUUAAACUAAAAAAAACAUUUGAUUACUGGAAAGUAAAAGGAUUUUUUUGCAUAAGUUCCUUACUGAUACAUAUACUUUCACACAUCAGUGUGCUGUAGAACAAUAUCUUGCUGCAUCAUUUAUUUAUUUCACAUUUUCAGUCUAUGCAAUCUUUUGUUUUACAAAAUUUGUGCUAAGUAGUUCAUUCUGUUGUUUUAGUGCUAGCAUUGGCGUGACACAGUGCUGCAGAAAGUAAGAUCCACAUCAUGAGAGUACAUGUAGAACUGAAUUCAUGUGUGAUUUCAACGUGUGCCAAAGGAUUACUCUCAAUAUUUCUAGGCAUUAUUCAUUUAUAUCAGUCAUCUUUUCUCUGUUUGCAGUAAGAUCUAAAACCAGAUUCAGAUUGCCAAUAUAGUUUGCCUUAUACUAUUUUGCUCUCCAGUUCUAUUGGACUUUCCAGUCAGUUUCCAUGUGAUGUAAGUCUGUAUGUUGUGCAAGUACUGGGGUUUGGUUUCCAUAGAAAUUUUCUAAGUUUUUUCUUUCAUCUUUGGUGUUCUUCUUAGGAAAAAAAAGUACACUAUUUAUUGUUGACCACCAAAUUUUCCAAAAAUCUUUACCACAUUACUGUUAUGGUUAUGAUAGAAAGGUAAUUAUGCAUUUACCUUUGCUGUUUUGGCUGUGUAAUGUAGUUUAUAAUCCAUGCUGAAACAUUAAAGCUGCAUUGUAAUGUGCAUACAGAUACAACAUAGCAGUUGUGCAGCAUUUUCUUUGGUCAUCCUGUUAGUCCCUUGUAAAAUUGCUGAUGGAUAAAGUUUGUCUCUUUUUCAGUUUAAUGAUUCAUGUACUACCUUAAUUCCAGUAAUUUUAGAACCACUACAUAAUUGUAACAAUAAUUUAUUAUAUUUGCUGUAUAACUAUGUAUAAUAUAUUUGCAUUGUGAGAAAUGGGUUAGCUUUAGUUCCAGCAAACUGGAUUUCAUAAGAACGACUCAAAACUUGAAAGGUUUGGCAGUGAAUGAGUAUAUUUUGCAGAAAAUAUUAGAGACAAUUUUAAUCUCGGCAUUCAUGUGGUCAUUGGAUAUAAUUUUGUCCUAUUGUGAGAGAUGUUGGUUAUGGUGUUGUAUAAAGUGGAAACAGAUGUUUAGCACUGAAUAAAAUCCUUAUAUUA